AAAUGAAAUUUGGAACAAUAAAGCAUUUGGAUCUGAGUUUGCUAAUUCAUUGAAUGAAGAUACUUACGUUUUGAACGUGAUUCUACCUGCCAUCCGAGCAACAUUGCAAGAUCUUCCUUUCGUUUCGAAAAGUGAUUCCAGUGCUGAUCAGAGGGGGAUAGAUGAAGUGGUCGAAGACCAUAUGUUAUAUGAUGAAAUAAAGCUUUGGCGAGAGGCUAACGAUGGGAUGUAUUACGUACGUAAGAGAUGUAAGCCCGACAAAGAUGAAUUUGAUAUUGUGGGGGUUCAGGUUGCUGGUCAAACAAUGCGGUCAAAUGUUUUCAUAAGAGAUAAUGCAGAUAUUCACAGAUACUAUCAUCUCCUUGAAGCCAAGGUGCCCAUACAACCGUCAGAUUCUGUCAUCGUAGCAAAAUUUGUUGAACUUCUAUUAGUAUUACGUAAUAUUUUGAUUGUAAACAUGAGUCUACUAUAUAAUGCUCCUUUAUCUAGAUCAGCUCGAUUAUUAGAAAAGAGCUCAACAGUCACAUCUCCACGAA